CGCAACAAACAUUGAGAAAGUGAAAGUUAGUACUGUUAAAUAAGAAUAAAAACUAAGAGUUAUAAAAAAAUUUCAGUAAUUUAUAUAUAUAUUAAAAAAACCAAAGAAUAUAAAACAAGAAUUUUAUAAAUAUGAAAUAAAAACUUGUGCUAUUUAAACGCGAUUGCCACAAAAAUGUGCAACUCAAGACAGUUCCUGCCGACGUAGUAGGAAGCUCAAGCCAAAUAAAUGUGAAAAAAUAAAAUAUAAAAGAUAUAAAAAAUUUUGAAAUAAACUUUGAAGCAAACAAACUUCAACUUCCAGUAAUGGCGGAAAAGGACUUACGUGAACUUGUUGAUAUGUUAAGUGACACAUCCGCGACAGAUUUGGAAAACGUUUUUGCCAACUUUUCAACAGAAAUGUUGCACCGUGCUAGUGAUGCGUUCCAGAGUGGCACAAAUUUCGCUACCGAGUUUCUACUUGCUGCUGAUUCCUUCAUCAACAACACACUGGAGAGAAUUUGCUUGGAGCAACAGCAACGCGAUGCAGAACAACAUAAGCCAAAUGACUCAGCUACCAAUAUCCGGCUACAUUCUGCGUUAGCAGCUGGCUGCCCCGUGUCAUUUGAUUCCGUACUUUGUUGGCCAAGAACACCACCUGGAAAAUUGGCGGUUCUUCCAUGUUUCGAAGAAUUUAAAGGAGUUCACUAUGAUACCACACUAUCGGUUAAUAUUAAGUAG